AUGGAUGAUGACAAGGUCGACGGUUUCACUUAUGAUCUUGAACAAAUAGGACGCUUAUCAUUUCUUGAGAAUAUCACCUUACCCAGCCUACCGGGCUUACCUAAUUUACCGAAUCUACCUAAUCUUCCAAACCUUUCAAAUCUACCCAACUUAUCGAGUCUACCCAACCUUCCGAAUCUUGACAAAUUCGAUACUGGCUAUUCAGAUGUUAUUGAUUCCUUGACUGCCCUCAUACAUCAAGCUGUUACCUUACCUGACGACACUAGUGAUGUGGAGGAGAAUGAGGAGAUGGACGAUGUGGCUAAUGCAGCGUCGGAAAGUAAAGUUGGUUUAGAUGUCACGAUGCUAAGUGAAAUGAUUAGUAGAGGACAAACCAACAUAGCCAAUUUGAUUAAACAAAUAAUUCUGCGCAAAGAAGAAGAGGUUGAAGGGCAAAGCUCAAAUGAGGUUAUUGAUGAUACAUUCUCAACGCGUGACGCUGAAUUAGAGCGUCUUGGCGAGGAGAAAAUACGGCGAUUGACGGAGUUAGAUACAAUUGAGGACUUCAAGAAACAAGAGAUUCUUCGAGCUAGAAUCAAGUCUAUUCAGGGAUUGGAUAUCAGUCAAGAGUCGAAAAAUAAAUUGAUGACGAAAUUGAUGAUGGGAAAUUAUUAUAGAUUCAUCAGUGCGCAACUCAAGGAGGAGCAACAGAAAUUAUCUCCGUUUGGUCUUCAAAAACUGGUGCUUGAUGAUGACUCGAAAUAUUUCAGUGAUGGAACAGAGAGAACUAUUGAGGGAAUCCAAAGUAUUGAUAAUCAUAUAAAUGAUGGUGAUGAAGAGGAAGAGCGGGAUGAAUUUACUGAUGAGGAUGAAGUGGUUAUCACCGAAAAAGACCUAAUGCCAACAUUUUUUGAUGCAGCAAAGGAAAUUCUAGGUUGCCGGCAUUACCAACGGAACUGUAAAUUGGAAUGCCCUACUUGUCAUGAGUGGUUUGGGUGCCCCUUUUGUCACGAUGAAGCGAUUAAAGAUCACAAGAUGAUUCGUAAUAAGGUGAAACACAUCUUGUGUAUGCAUUGUCAAACACCGCAAGUACCCGAUAAUAAUUACUGCAUCAAUUGUGAACAGGAAUUGGCCAAUUAUUUCUGUAACAAAUGUAUUCUUUAUGACAACGACGUCAACAAAGAUAUUUAUCAUUGUGACAAGUGUGGCAUAUGCCGUUUAGGUCUUGGUUUGGAUAGGGACUAUUUUCAUUGUGAUGUAUGCAAUAUUUGUCUUUCAAUUGAUUUAAAGGACAAACACAAGUGUGUUUCCAAUACCACCCAUUGCAACUGUGCCAUCUGUCACGAAUAUCUUUUCACCUCGGUCGAGAAAGUGGUGUUUAUGAAAUGUGGCCAUUCUAUCCAUCAACAUUGUUUCAAGGAGUUGACAAAACACUCGUAUAAAUGUCCAUUAUGUAAAAAAACAAUCAUCAAUGUUGAUCAACAAUUUCGUAUUUUGGAUCAAGAGAUUAGUCAAAGUCCAAUGCCUUCACCAUAUAAUGAAUGGAGAUGUAUCAUAAGUUGCAAUGAUUGCAAGGGGAAAUCCAAUGUCGCUUAUCAUGUGCUUGGCUUGAAGUGCAAAUACUGCAAGAGUUUCAAUACUAAUCAACUACAGUUGAGGAAACCGGGUGAAGAAGUGGUGGAGAUACUGCCAGACAACAAUGGUGGUGAGCACGAGCAUAUUGUUGACUUUGAUGCAAACAUAAUGAGGUUAGUUCAGACUAAUCUAGAAAGUAAUUUUGGAAUUGAUUUACAACAGUAA